CUUGCUCUGUUUUCCUUUGCAGCAGGAGGCAGCAGCAGCAGGAGGAGGGGGCUGCCCUGGCCCUUUGCUCUGCGGCACAGCCGGGCCGCUGCCCAGACGCCAGGGCAGGAGGGCUCUGGCUGCAGCAGGGCGCUGUUUGGCCAGCCCCUGGCAGCCCUCUGCGGAGAGGACGGCACACUGCCCCAGCCCAUCCAGGAGCUGCUUGCUGUCCUACGUCAGAAAGGACCUUCGACGGAGGGGAUAUUUCGCAGAGCCGCCACUGGAACAGCACUUCGGGAGCUGCGCGAGGCCCUGGACCGUGGCCUGGAUGUCGACAUAGGAAGCCAACCAGCAGAUCUGCUGGCCGUCAUCUUGAAGGACUUCCUCAGAAACAUCCCCUCCAAGCUCCUCGUGGAAGACCUGUAUGAGGAGUGGAUGGCAGCCCUGGAGAGGUGCAGCAUGGAGGAGAAGAUGGAGGAGAUGAAAGUGGUGGCCAAGAAGUUGCCAGCGGCCAAUCUCCUGCUCCUGAAGGAGCUGAUGUCCCUCCUCCAGCACAUUGGCCACAACGCAGCCACCAGCAGGAUGACCUUUAACAACCUGGCCAUCUGCGUUGGGCCCAAUCUGCUGAGCCCACCCAAGGAGGAGCUGCUGCCGCUGGACGCCCUGCUGGAGGUCACACAGAAGGUGAACGUGCUGGUGGAGUUUAUGAUUAAGAGCUACAGUGACAUCUUUGUGGAGGAGUUGACUGGACCAUCUGCCAAAGAGUCACCGGCACACAUGGACAGAUCAGCAGACCUGCAUUUGGAAGAGCAAAGUGGCCCCACAGGCAGAACAGACGAGAACCAUCAGGUAAAAACCUUUCUGGAUGCCCCCCCAUUCUGCCGGAAAACCUCAAAGGAGCUGGUGGAGACACAGUAGUGGAGAGCAAAAUGGCAGAGGUAUGGCAGCUCCCCAAAUACAGGGACAACGUGUCUCAGGUCAGAGCUUUUGUUCUCAUGAGGCCCAGGAGCUGCUGUGCCUCCUCCUGGCAGCCGAUCCCUCAUGUGUUUAGGAUUCCUGCUCUCCAUGGAAUGAUACAUCGUAAGGAAAGCUAACUGUAAAUGAUGCAAACCAGAAUGAUCUAUGCAGAGAAGAGCUGGCGAUUUGGCACUCCGUCGCCUACUGCUCCAAGUUGUGUCUUUACACCUGUUCACUCCCAAAAUUUCUGUUUCAGGUACCUCUAUCUUCAACUGCAAUGACCUCCCAGAGUCCGGCAGAGUCCCUAGAGAAGCUGGAAGAGCUGAGGAGCCCUUCAGAGGAAAGAAGGUUUGCAGGCUCUCCUAAGGACAAGGAAAAGGAAAGAAAGAGGAAGAGAACAGAGGUCUGGGGAGAAGAGGAUGACAGCCAGAUGGAGAAGAAGAGGAAGAAGAGAGGAAAUGUUUCUGGGGAUGGAGCAAGGAAAAGACACCGGAAGGUGCAGAGGUUCAGGAAGCCCAGGUCCCGUUUUCCUGUUUCCAGUUGAGUCCCUGUGUUUCCUGUUGUUGAUGUUCGCAAUAAAGUGUUUUUAAAGUUGCAAGAAAGUGUUUUUAAAAUGUUGACACCCCCGUGGUUUAAGUUCACAAUAAAGUGU